AAAGUCUCAAUUCUAUUCUUAACUUGAUAGCUUUGACACGUAACAGAUUUUUCACAGAAUUCUGUUAACCUACUCGUAUUCAUGUGAAAGGUAACACCUAAGAUCAAUGGCUUGUACUAUUAAUUUAGAUCCAUAGAAAGACAGAUGACUAAUAGACACUGUCUGGAGUCAGUACGCACUUGUGACUAUCCGGAUUUGUUUUCUAUAUGAGCAGCAAUAAUCGAUGUGCUAAUUUUUUGCAUUAAUUUUCCGUGAUGUUCUAUAAAAAACUUAAUCACUUGUUUUGAUUGAGUUCCACUCGUGUUUCUCUUUGUUUAACCUAUAUAAAAAAAAACUGGGUAAAAAAUUGAUUUUUAAUGAAAUUUACAUAAAGAGCGUUCGCGGAAGAUAUAACUGGUUUUAGGGUCUUGUACAUGCAUAUAGAGAUAUAUAAUUAAGUGGUAUGUGAAUGUAUUGGCUCUCCAAUAAUUGCCCCUCAAUAUCAGUUAAGAAUCUCAGUUAUUUAAACAAAUUACAGAGGAACACAGAGCCAGAGCCAGAGCGAGAGUACGACAACAUAUGUGCUUAAUUACGAUUUCACACAAUUAAAGUUUUGCGCUUUUUUUUCUCGCCGUGCUUUCGGCUCGGCUCGGUAGCGGACAAGCCGGACUGUUCGUUUGUUUUUGAUUUUUUUUUUCGUUUUGUUUAUUAAAAUGCUAAAAAUCCCCUGACAAAAUCAAACAAUUUCGGCUGGCAGAGCGUUUGUACCUGGCCAUUGGUGAAACUGAAACAGAAACCAAAAAUCAGUACACAAUGCGUUGGCCGCGAAAGCACACGUUCGGCCUGUGGCCCAAAACUACUCGAAGUCGUAGUCGCGGAAAUGGAGAAGCCACUGGGCAAUCCCAAGCCACUAUAUCCACCAUUUACGAUCGUAGGAAUUACGACUUAAAGUUAUCCAACUCCAAGUUACAUAGAGAAUUUUUUCUCUUGAUUUCAGCUGGUUGCGAGGAGAAGGAGAAGUACACGGCUCAGAAUGGCGAGGACUAUUAUAGCCAGGGUCACGCCGUCGACUUGGAUGUGGCCAGCAAAUAUUCCAGGCCCAAGGAAGCCCACUGGCUAGUUCGACGUAUUUUCUUCCUCAGUUGGAUUACCAGCUACGAUCGAGAGCAGGCGUUUGCGGAUUUGAUAGCCGGAAUCACCUUGGGUCUGACCAUUAUUCCACAGAGUAUUGCCUAUGCAGCGCUGGCGGGUCUCUCUUCAGAGUACGGCCUGUACUCCGCCUUUAUUGGAUCUAUUAUCUAUGUGUUUUUCGGAACGAUACCACAGGUUUCCAUUGGACCCACCAGCCUGAUGGCCAUUCUCACACUGCAGUUCUGUGCGGAUAAGCCAGUGCAGGUGGUCAUCGUUUUGGCAUUCCUUGCCGGCUUAGUGGAACUGGCCAUGGGAGUAUUUCAGCUGGGAUUCAUUGUCAGCUUUAUUCCGGCUCCGGUGACUAAGGCUUUUACUUCGGGCACAGCUUUGAUUGUGGUAUUUGCCCAGAUCAAGAAUCUUUUGGGUGUUCGCAUUAAGGGGUUCCCCUCGAUUGGUGAUUUUUUCACCAACAUUCGUCCUACGGAUGCCGCCAUGGGGGUGUCCUGCAUGGUUGUGCUGCUUUUGUUGAGGCUCCUAUCGCAAGUAAAUUUCAAACAGGACACGGCUGUCACCCGUCGUCUAAAGAAGAUCCUUUGGUACAUCAGCAUCUCGCGCAAUGCUCUGGUUGUCUUCUUCACCGGUCUUAUAGUAUUCAUCUGGGUCAAGAAGAGUUCCAUUGAGGCGGUGCCCUUUGCCCUUUCCUCAAAGGUUUCCUCGGCGAUGCCCACAAUCAAGUUGCCGCCCUUUGCUUUUGAAUACCAGAAUCGCACUUAUGUGUUCACGGAUAUCCUGCAUGAGCUGGGCAGCGGAAUUGUUGUUGUGCCUAUUGUGGCAGUUUUGGCCAAUGUGGCUAUUGCCAAGGCCUUCGUCAAGGAUGGCAAUCUGGAUGCCUCGCAAGAGAUGUUGACCUUGGGUCUGUGCAACAUUGCCGGUUCUUUCUUCAGUGCCAUGCCCACAUGUGGAGCUUUUACCCGCUCGGCUGUAAGUCAGGCUUCCGGAGUUCGAACCCCAAUGGCUGGCAUCUACACGGGAUUGAUAGUGCUCUCCGCAUUGAGUAUUCUGACUCCCUACUUCCAGUACAUUCCGAAGGCCUCACUUUCCGCCGUUCUGAUUGCGGCGGUCAUCUUUAUGAUUGAUUUGGCUCCUGUUAAGGAACUUUGGCAGACAAACAAGAAGGACUUCUUUAGCUGGGUGGGAAGCUUCAUCAUCUGCUUGGUGGCUGGCGUGGAGUUGGGUCUGCUUUUCGGAAUUGUACUUAGCAUGGUGUUUGUUCUUUUGCGCCUGGGCAAUCCCAAAUUUGAAGUCACCCUGAAACAGCUUGACUCCACCUACUAUGUGCAUAUUGUACCCCAGUCGGAUGUCUACUACACCGGCGUAGAUGCUUUGCGAACUGAGCUGAGAAGUGCCUGCAGACUGUAUCAAAAUGAUUUCCCAGUGGUCCUCGAUUGCACCCGCUUCAUGCAGUUCGAUGCCACCUUCAGUGAAAUGCUAAUCUCAGUGGCCAAGGAGAUGGCUAGUCACGAUGUCCUGUUGAUCUUGCAGAACAUGAGCCUGAAAGUGCAGCAAAUGCUGCCCGUCAUGGGAAAUGUGCGAUUCUGCCAAGAGGACAGCCAACUUUCGAGUCACCUGCAAAUGAAAAAGGAAGCACCUGUUCUGGAAGCCAAGCUGUAAACACCCUUAAUCUAAUCCAGUCUGUUUGAUCCGGUUAUGAACGGACGUCACAAGAUUUAUCUCCUCACCUGUUGCCGCUUGACGUUCGCACGCAGCUUGCGUAACUGGGCAGCGGCAGCAGUUAGUUAACAACUUAGAUUUAGAUAUUUAGUUAGCGACUUUGUAAAUACUUUUAUGCAUUAUUAAAAUACAGUACUCUUCUACGAAUUAAUCAAGAUAA